AUCCCAGCCUGCGCAAGGCCAGGAGGCAUGUGUGUCUGCGGCUGCUGCUGCUGAGAGGGCAUGACAGGCAUACCCGGACCAAGUCCCUUCUGCGGGAGUGGAGCAGACAUCUAAAAACAGAGAUCAUUCUUUGAGUCAGGUUGGCCCAGAAGAUGGCAGAGAAUGGGUGUCAUCUCAACCCAGAGGAAGUCCCUACCCCUCAGCAUCCCCCCAGUACAGAGCCAAAUACAGCAGAAGGGAGCAGUUCUGACCACAGUGGCCUGUCUCCGUCUCAGAGAGAGGUUCUGGAGCGCUGUCUACAUGCUCUCACUCAUGCCAAGAAUGACAGCCACAUUUUAGCAGCACUUCUCCUGAUCACAAGGUUGUGUCCAGCAGGACAGCUGGAUACCGGGACUCUACAUCGGAUUUUUGAAGCGGUAGGUUUUAAUCUUCCCGCACGCCUUCUGGUUACAGCAUUUCGGGGUGACGACAGCUCCGGCUUGCCCCCGGAGGAGUUGAUCUCUCUGGGCACUGCUCUAUUGGCUGCUCUCAGCACAGACACCAGCAUGGUUGCUCAUCCACAACUUCUCAGCACAGUCCCUCUGAUCCUGAGCAUACUGGAGAACGGGCCCAACUGGACAGAUAAACAGACAAAAACACUUGAAGCCCAGAGUGGCUCUGGAUCUCAAACUAAAGGUGCUGCAGAUUCCCAGACCACUUCUAGUACGUCUACCUUGGAUGAGGCUUUGGCUUGUGACUGUUAUCAGGUUCUAAAUGCUGUAUGUGCUUUACCACAAGGCCCUGAGCAGCUUCUCACCCGUGGUGCUGUUCUGGCUCUAUGUAGGGCCGUACUCAAAAAACAAACUCUCAGCCAUGAAAAAGGGCUUCCGCUGUUGGGACACCUGUUGUCAUCUAGCAUAAGACCACGGGCUUGGGCUAAACACUCGUCUGAUCUUCUCUUGCUGUUGCGAAAUGUUUCACAAAACUUCAGCCGAGUUUCACAUCAGGACAGGUUAGAGAUGUGCUCUCAAAUAACGCCGUUUCUUCCUCCACCCGGGGUCGAGUCAGAAAGCCAGGUGCUUAAGGAGAUUGUGGGUGAUCUGUGGGCUUCGCUGCGGCCUUUGAUUCAGGGCAAGCUCAGUCAAGAGCAUUUAGGCUUGGUUUUGGUAGUAUCUGCCUGCCUUCUGGAUCUGUAUGGAUGGGAGUCAACGGGACCUCCUAAAUUCUGUUGCUUGCUGGUGAACCGGGCAUGUGUGGAGGUGAGGAUGGGUCUAGAAGAGCCGCCGGGUACAGAAAUCUCCCCCCAGCUGCAGCACAUUCUUACUGCCUGCUAUCGCAUCAUGGAGGCGGCUAUGGAACAAGCAUGUAGCCAGGGGGCGGUUUCAAACCCUGCCCAGAUACAAACAGCUAUCACUGGCCUGAGUCUUCAGCAGAGCAGACAGGUCCUAGGAGCUCUGGAGGAGGCAUUCUCAGCUGAAAUGUACUAUCUGAAACAGGUGGAGCAGACCAGCUGUGAUGACCCAUUUCUGUUCGCCACUUUCCGCUCCCUCUGUGCAUGGCUUGCUGAAGAAACCUCAUGUCUAAAGGAAGAAGUCAUUGACCUCUUGCCUUUUCUCAUCGGCUAUGCUAAAAGUCACUUCAAGGGAGAGGGAAAAGGCAAGGGACUUGCUGAUUGGAUGUCAAAGAUGUCCAUCAGCAACAGUUCACAAGAUGGGACCUGGAGCAGAGAAGCUGCUCUUAGAUAUCUUCUCCCAUCUCUGUGCCACCUCUCCGCUGAAGAUGGGCCGAGGCGGGUUCUUCUCUCUCUGGAUACUCCAGCCUUGCUUGUGGAUUUUCUGAGUAAAGGUUGUGCGUCUUUGAGAGGUCAGAGCGGGAAAACGGUGACCCGAGACCCCAGUCUGGAAACAGUGUGUUCUGCUUUACUAAACUUUGCCAUCACAGAGCCAGAACGAGUCAGGAAUGAUCCUUGUUUCGUUGCUCUGGAGAGCAUGCUGAGCGAAGCACUGCCUGUUCUUCUCCAUAAGCCACGCCUCUUGGUCUUAGCAGCAAACUGUUGCACUUUGGGUCUCAUGAUUGCCAGGCUGAAGUCAACUUCCACAGACCCUGUAGAACUAGGCCAGCGGCGUUUCUUCUCCUCAGUUCUGUCUUUUCUCUUGAGUGCCGUGCAGUCCGGACAGGCUUCAAAACCGGCAUGGAUCAGCGCUCUCUGGGAGGAAAACUGGGAGGAGGCUGGAGAGCUUUGGAGGCUCAGUCUGCAGGCUUUAGGCGGUUGUGUUCAAGCUCAGCCCUGGAUAACCACCCUGAUCAGAGAUGAAGGAUGGCUGCAGAACAUCUUCACUCUGCUAGGAUCCAGUGCACGUCUCCCAGACCAACCUUCACAGGAUGCUCUCGAGGAAGUCCUGUGUGCCAUUGCCAAGCAAUGCCCGGUGUGUCGCAAGGACAUUAGUGAGCUGGUCAAGAGUGUAAGCUGUGGAUCUCUUGAGGGUUUGCCACAGCUUAGCAGAAUAUUGGUGGAGUAGAAUUUGUAAAAUACAUAUUUAAUAAGACCGAUAAAGCACUUAUGUUGUCAUAUUUGUCUGUUUGGCAUAUUAAAUAUGCAAUGGAUUUGUAAUACACUCUGUGGCCAAAGUAUAAACAAGAAUGUUGAAUAAAAAUAUUUCUUCUUUUGAAGUUAUUUAUUAUUUUAUGCAUAAAGUUUGAUUCUUAGGAAGCACAUUCUGAUUAAACGUACCUGGAAUUCA